AUUAAGGAAUCUAGCGUUUAGUGUGGUUGUUGUUCAAAUUCAGAAGAUUGAAGACUCAGUUUUGUUUUUCCGUUUUCCGUUUGCUUGGAUCUGUGCUAGAAAAAUGAUUUGCUGGGGUGAACGGAACUGUUGCGGCAUAUUCUUAGACGGAUCCAAGGAUGAUCGCUGUGACUGUUUACGUGACUACUGCGUUAGGGACUAUGAUCCCAAAGAUAGGAUAAUUGUGGCAGAGGAAGAUUUGGAAUUUGUAAAUGCGCAUCUGAAAACGAAAAGCGAAGCGCAUUUGACAGAGCUGAACGAAAUGAUAUCAUUAAAGAGCAUACCCGACUGCCCCGAGUUUGACAAGCAGACUCGACAGCUGAUCAAUCGAUUGGCGCAACGACUCAACGAACUGGAGUUCGAUGUGGAGGUGGUCGAGGUGAAGCCCAAGGGCACUGAUCCCACGCACUAUGUGAUCUUUGCCAGCUACUUCUCCACACCCGCCAAGAAUGUGAUGCUCGUCUACGGGCAUGUGGACGUAAAGAACGUGGAUAAGGACGACAACAGUUGGACCCAAUUCCCUUUCAAGCUAACCAAUCAGAAUGGAAUGCUAUACGGCCGUGGUUUGACCAGCUCAAAGGGCCCGCUGUAUUGCUGGCUACAUGCAGCCGAGUCAUGGCUGGAGGGGACAGACGAUCUGCCGGUGAAUUUGAGAUUUCUCAUCGAUACCUUCAGCAAUGCGAACAAUCAGGCACUCAGGGAACUCAUCGAUCAACGCCAGAAUUUCUUCAAGCCCGUCGAUCUAUUGAUUUGCUCCACCAAUCUGUGGAUAUCGCCAAAGACACCCAUGUUGUCCAUCUGCCACAGCGGCUACGUCUUCUUUGAGCUGCGGGUGCGACACAAAAAGCAAUCCAAACAAGAAACCGAAUCCGACGAGUGUCCCACCCGCGGUCGCCAGCCCAUGGAGGAGCUGUGUUUCCUAAUGAACACCCUAACGGAUAAGCACGGUGAACUGGCUAAGAAACUGGAGCGUCAUGCGUUGCCCGUAACCCAAAACGAUUGGAACAUCCUGAGCAAAGCCGAGAUGGGCAUCAUGGAGUUCAAGGAAAGUUACAAUAUCAAAGAGCUGCUGCAUGAGGAGUCCAAGGCGCUGUUCCUUAAGCAUCGCUGGUGCAUGCCCUGCUUGACGGUGCACACCGUCGAGCAUCGUCAAUAUUCCAGUGUGCGAGAUCUGUACGAGCCCCGACACAUUUUGGCCAAGUUCUCCGUUAAGCUGGUGCCCGAUCAGAGUAUCGAUUACGUUAAGUUUGUGGUCAGGGAGCAUCUGGACUGUGCCUACUGCCGCCACAAGUGCAUACAUCCCGCCUAUCUGCGCAUCACCGACUCCGUAAAGCCACUGAACGAGGGACGCAAUGCACCCUUCAGUCUGGCCGCCCAGCGGGCGUACGAGCAGGUGUACAAUGUCCAUGUAGCACUACCGGACACGAUCACCCUCUGCCUGCCGAUGAUGAAUGUGCUGCGAAAGCAUUGUCUGUCCACGGCUCAGGUCAUCGGAUUGCCCUUCUGCUCGGUGCAUAUGCAUCCCGGCCAGUCGGACGAGUGCAUACCGCUCGAGGAGUACGAGAGAAACAAGAAGCUCUGCGCUACUUUGAUGUACGAGUUGGCUCUGGUGCCGCCCGAGUGCAAAUGCACCGAGGUCAAGGACUUCUGCUACGAGCCGGGCAAAUCAACGGAUCGCGACUUUGUCCACACCCAGGAGCCACGCAAUGCGAAUAUCUCCCACAUCCUCUACGAACUGAACGAGGCACAGGUCGAUAAGGCGCACUCGAUCACCUAUCUGCUGCCCAAUGUGGAACAAAUACUCUUGGGCAACUCUAAAAACGAGCAGAAGCAAGAGAGUCUCAGCUGAUUGCCAGUGUUUCCCUAUUCCUCAAAGUCAGUGUUUAGUUAUCCCUCUAUUCCUAUUCAUAUUCAAGGCCAAAUCAAGUGUUGACCUAUUCCUUUAUUCUUAUUGCUAUUCAAAGCCAAAUCCAGUGUUGCCCUAUUCCUUUAUUCUAAUUCAAAUUCAAGGCCAAGUCCAGUGCCGCCAAUCUGGUUACGUAAAUGGAAUUAUUAGUAUACAAAGUGCUUCUUUAUGUAUUGAUUAAGGCAAAAAACCCACGCGCCACAAACCUAAUAAAAUGUGUAUAAUCAA